AUAAUAGUUUAUUACGUAGUAAUGAUAAUGACGUAAUAACAACAGUUAUUGCAGCGUAGGUUUGAUUGUUUUAAGUUUUUGUUUGUUACGUCACAAUGGAAUAUGGAAGCGUAAACUUUGAGCUCUCAUUGGACGAUUUCAAUGACGAAGAUCUUAGUGACAUCAUAAUCGAUGAGGAUUCAAAACUACAUUGUUAUGUUAACGAUAAUUUCAAGGUUACGAAACGAAGAAGUCAAAAGAAGAAAAAAGUUUCAAAUGACGCCAGCCACGCCCCCAAGCGACCACGCCCACAAACGUUAAGGUUCUUUGCCGCCCCCUUGCGGCCGGGUCCCCUACCCCCAAAAAUACCUGAACGGGUAAUACCCCAGGUUGAAGAUGUCGAACUCAAACAAACACAUUGUGAUGUCACAAACAACAACACAAUAAACAAUACAAAGAAUUCCGAUUGUAACCAAACAAGCGAAAAGACAAAACAUAUUCGCGAAGAAUCGACAAAACCGAGAUUUCGACGUUCAAUCGCCGUGUGUACCAAAUCGAAUACGAGUGAAGAUAUUGUUAACCUCACAUCGGUUCGCGAACAACGACGACAUCGAUGUCCGGGGCUGACCAGGAGCGCCUCCGAGUGGUCAAUAGAAGAUCCCGACAAGAUUGAAUAUUGUUACAUGGAUGGUGAAUUAAAGGAACAAACACAUUCAGCUUUGUUUAAGUUUGUGCCACGACACAAAGAUGAGAUACAACUAGAGAUAAACGAUCCCCUCUGUGUGGAAAACCAAGCGGAUGAUUUUUGGUUCGAGGGAAUCAACAUGCGGACGGGUGAAAGGGGGGCUUUCCCUGCUUAUUAUGCUCAAGGGGUUGGGGAGGGGUGCGACGAUGUGUCAGAAUUCAGCGUCCGAGAGGAAAAUUGUGAGAAAUUUCAUCUUUAUUUCCUUGGAUCGGUUGAAGUGUCGUCGCAUAAAGGGAACGAGGUUUUGUGUCAAGCCAUGCAUGAGGUGGCCCAAUCACGACGCCACACACUCCACACUUCGCCCCCUGCUUACGUUUGCUUACUUGUCAACCAUCAUGGUAUAAAGAUGAUGGAUCAAUCGCUCAUGAAGAAACGAUCAACAUCGUCGUGCGAUGUCAAUAAAACAUUCAGCUCAAGUUCGAAGGUCCGAGAGAGAAUCCACUUCUUUCAGCUCCGAAACGUCUCCUUCUGCGGUCACCACCCAAAGAACGACAAAUACUUUGCGUUUAUCACCCGUCACCCCGAUGCCCCGUCACGCUUUGCUUGCCACACCUUCGUCUCCGAAGCCUCCACACGCCCCCUAGCGGAGAGUGUUGGUCGAGCGUUCGCAACUUUUUACCAAGAGUUCCUGGAAUGCCAACACCCUAUCGAAGAUAUUUAUAUUGAGUGAUGUCGAUGUAUUUUCAACAAAACUCAAUAUCCAUUUAUUUCUUUGAAUACGGUGACGAAGAUCAAAUUAAUUAAAACAGUAAAAAGGAAAAUAGCAACAAAACAACAGUUGCUGACAUCAUUGUGUUCUGUGACGUCACUGAAUUAAACGACGUCAUUAUGUUGGUUGACGUAAUUUUUUUUUAUAAAGAGACAUCGCUAUAAUGAGAUUCGAAGUGACGUCACCUGUUGGUUUGCACUUUUAAGUUUAUGUUGAAUAUUUCGUGAAAAUAAAUUGUUUGAUCGAAAAUAUUUAAAAUACAAACAAUCGUGUCGAACUCCCCGUGUAAUUAUCAAUAAAUAUGGCGUCACUCCA